AUGUUUAAAAAAUAUGCAAAUAUUCGAAAUUUUUCUAAAUACAAAGAUAGAUUAAAUGAAGAAUCUUUGAUUACUAAAGCCUUUUAUUCUGCUUUAUUUUUUAGCAAUGAAAUGAUCGUUGAUGAUUUAAAGUUUUUGCUACGAGAAACGGAGAAAAAUAAAAAAAAAGAAGUACAACUUGAUUUAUCCUUGGCUGGUCUUUUAGCUUGA